AAACUGAUGUACUGCGGUGUGCUAUAAAAGCGUUUUGAAUACUUAGCAAGAAGAGCAAAUGUUGUCACAUCUUCUCAAGUUUUACUCUAUAACCAGUAUUUGCGAUUUGUUACAAGCAUAAAUCAUUUUCAUAUAUCCUCUAAGACAAGCGUGGGUUCACUGUACUUUUUAAGUUUUGUUUAGAAAUAAAUUCGCUUUGACUCAUGAAGUGAAAAAUACACAAAUAAACUGGGUAUUUAUGCAACAUCUACAGAAUGGACGAAUUUGAAAAGCUAAUAGAAAUUUUAGAAGUGUACCUCCUACAACAUUUGAUAUUCAGCAGUGAGUUUUACAUCUUUCUGACAAACAAAUAUCCUAUGAAUAAAAUAAUUAUCAUAUGAGUGGAAAAAUUCUAUGUAUGUUUUCAAAAGUGAAAGACUUGCAUAACCCCGAAAAUUGUGAAGCUGAAUUAUGAACUCUUGAUACAACACAAAUUAGAUAUAAUAAUGCUCAAAAAAAGAGGAUGCAAUUUAUUUAUCACUGAUGUUUAUAUUUCUGUAAAACGUGCUUCGCAUUUAAAAAUAAAAGUAAAAAUAAAAAAUAAAAAAAUAAAAUCCUACUUUUUUUCCCUCAGCGUAGGAGCGGAAAAUGUUCAUAUCCUGCAAAAAUAUUAUGCACCUAAGCCGUGAUGGAUGACACUACUCUGUUUGAAUGGCAUUGCAAUUGUUUGAAGGGUACCAGUGAACUACUUGUUUGAACUCUGUUUCUACAUAAAGUUUUGCUUUUAAUCUGCAGUUGGAUGCUAUUGCAAAUUUAACAUCUGCUACAGACUUACACAAUGAUUCUUCAGUUCCAUCUCGGUCUUCAGUAAGCUCUGUACUUCCUUCAAAUCAAACUACACCACUAAUGGGUCGUAUGUCUCCCAGUAAAGCAUCUCCGGAGCCCUCACUUAUGGACCACGCAACUUCUGAUGCUUUAUCAGUUGUAGGCAUUGACAGCAUCGAGCAAUAUUCGUCAUCAUCAGAAGAAGGUAGUAUCGAUAUUUGCAACCGUGUCAUUGACAAGGACUCGCUAUCAUCACCUUUGACAUCUUUGAAUAUGCGAGCAACUACGUCCACGCUCGAGUCUUCCAACCCAAAUAACAGUGCCAGUGAUACCGACAAGGGAGAAGAGUCUAGCAGCGGUGGUCAAGGAGACAAUUUGCCUCAAAAAAAGCGAAAAAGAAGAGUGCUUUUUUCUAAAGCGCAGACAUACGAAUUAGAGAGAAGGUUUCGUCAGCAACGGUACUUAUCUGCUCCAGAAAGGGAGCACCUUGCAAGUAUUAUACGUUUGACCCCAACCCAGGUGAAAAUCUGGUUUCAGAACCAUAGGUACAAGACUAAGAGAGCACGUCAAGAGAAAGGACUAGACAUGAAUCCUCUGCCUUCUCCUCGUCGUGUGGCCGUUCCAGUACUAGUGAGAGAUGGCAAGCCUUGCCAGCCACCCAUGAAUGGCUUGGUUAAACACCAGGACUCCCAUUCUCAGUCCAUAGGACUACAAUCCCCUCAUAGUGAUUUACCGCCUAUUACAUCAUUAACAUCUCUGGCAGCAGCUGGAGUCACCAACAUUAGCAAUUGUGUCACAAACUCUUGCAUCAGUUCCUAUAACAUGAAUAUGAACAAUGUAGUGCCACCGUAUAAUCCGCAUUUGUUUCAACAUCAACAACGUUGGUGGUAGAUUUUUACCUACUUUCAGUUUUGAUGCCAAAAAAAUGGAAUAAAUAUUCCUUAAAACACAAAUAACGAAUCUUUGUCUAGAUCAAAAACUAGAAGAUAUGAAAAGUUUACUAAAGUUUAAGCAAUCAAAAACUAAAUAUAAUGUCCAGUGCUUUUAUCGUUCUCAGUCUGAUUGUUUUCACAGGUUAACUAAAGUUCAUUAAAUAUUUCCUGAUAUGCUACAAUUUGGAAUAUAUUCUGUUUUAAAAGAGUCACACGCAACGAAAAGUACUGGAAUAUUUGUUCUAGAAACUUGUAUACUUGCUAAUCCAAAGAUCAAAGGGUCAAACUUAUUUGAUUAGGUUGGGUUAUUUGAAUAUGACAAAGCCUUAAGGGCUAUCUGCCUAAGAGGAGGGAUGUCUUCUUGGAGCCCAUUCUGAAAAAAAAAAUGGCUUGGAUUCAUGUUACGCGUGAAGAAAAUCACAAAAAAAUCGGCCAUGCAAUCACCCUGUUCACCUGGGUUUGAACCCAAGCCAGGUCAAAAUACCAGUAUUCAGCGGUUAACACUGGGUCACUGGUGGGUCUAUAUGGUACUUAAAAAUUACUUUUAUAAAUUUUCUCUUUCUGUGUUAUUUUAUUUUAUGAAUAAUGACUCAAGAUAUGGUGCCAUUUUUAUUUUAUUAGCAUUUUAUAUUUUUAAAGCUCUCUACGUACAAUCAUGCAUUGUUGAAAAUUCAUUAUCUCAUUGAUAGAUAUAUCUUCAUUAAUUCAGUUACACUGAAUUAUGAGAGUUCAUUUUGUUACUUUUUAAUUGUUCAUCUGCUGUCAUAUGUAAUGAGAUUUAUCAGUUAAGCCCUUUUUUUUUUUUUUUUUUUUUUUUUUUUUUAACUAGAAAGAAAUUUUUAGGUAAACUCUCAAUGAAAACAUUGUAAUAAAUUACAAAAAUCCCGGUUAGUCAUUACAUUAUUACAUUAUCAUUCUGGCAGUAAAUAUAAUGAGGAAAACAAGAUUGGAAUUCAAUACUAUACUUCCAUUCUACCUCAUUUACAAUAUUGUGGUAAUUUGAAUUAAGAUAUUUUACAUGACUUCUUUUGAAAAUUUAUCUAAAGAAGCAUGAACACAUUUACUUCAAUGAAACUUUUUUAAUUUUGAAAAUUGUUUUAUAAUCUGAAAUAUUGAUCUAAUAUAUGCCUUUUAGUUAAAUUUGAAAUAUCAUUCUAGUCUGUUGUUUAUGAUGGCAUAUGAUUAUAGUCACUGCACAGAUACAGUAAUCAUUAUAAAUGAUAACAUUUUGUUUGUCCACCGCUUUUGUAGCCUUUAUGUGUUGUAGAGCAUUUUGUGUCAUCGUCGUUUCACUUAGAUUAGUUUUUAGCCAGUUUUAUAGGCAAGUUCAUUUUGCGAAUGUAUUUUAUUUGUAAAUAACAAGUAAGAAGUUAGUGGAUAUUAUAUGACUGUAUAUGAAGACAGCAACAUCAUAACGCAGAACAAAUUUGUUCAAGAUAAAUAAACUUAUAUGACUUAUGAUUCAGAGGAUAAUGAAAUGAAUUAUGUUUUAUUGUAGAAAUGUAUACUUUCCGAUUAACCGUAUAAAAAUGUUAGUAUGUAAUAAAUUUUUAUUUGUACUAA